AUGUCUGAUUCUUCUGACAGCGACGAAAAUAAUACCAUCACUAACAACAACAACAACAACAACAACAACAGCAAUAAGAACAGUGACAUAAAAAUAUCUCAAUCACCAAAUUAUCCAUAUGGCGAGAUCGAGGCGCUUUUGAAGCGCGAAGGACUCGACCAACGAUUUCAAUUAAGUUAUACGAACGAGAGGAAAAUUGGUUCCACAUGUCAAGUUUAUUACGCGCAUGAUUUGUCACAAAAAGAUCAACGUCUUGUUGCUCUCAAACUUAUACGAACUCAAUAUAUCGAUAGUUAUGUUUCAAAUGAUGAUCUAUUGAAUUUACAGCAGACAAAAGAUUGUUUUUAUAAGCCUCAAAAUGUUAUUUACAAUCGUCAUUUGAAAUAUUUCGAUGGUUACAUUCCUAUAGAGCAAUAUAUCGGUGAACUUGGGCGUUUCUGUCCACAUUUACCUAUAUCGCGUUGUAUUGAAAAUGGUGCAAAACGUCUUGAAACAUGUGAUGCUUAUUUAAUUGCAUUUGAAUAUAUUCACGGACGAACGGUUUGGGAAAAUUUAGUUCGUACAGAUUUUGCCUAUUUAAAUGAAGAUGAAGCACGUACACUGGUACGUUUGUUUAUCGAGCAACUUUUAAUAUUAUUGAAACAUCACAUUAUUAACUGUGAUUUAAAUGGUUGUCAAAAUUAUUAUUAUAAACUGUAUGAUGAUGUAAGUACAGCAAAAUCAAGAUAUACGCAAUGGAUUCCAAUUGAAGAUGGUGAGGAUGGCUAUUCGAGUAUGAGUGCAGAUAGUAGUCAAUCGUCUAUGGACGAUCUUGCUUCUGUAUCAUCAUCAUCAUCAUCAUCAUCAUCAUCAUCAUCAUCAUCAUCACCGUUAACAUUUAUUGAUUUCGGUUGGUCAAUAUGUACAGCUGAUCCAGAUAAUGAUCGACAUGAAAUUCUACUGCAAACACUUCAAAACUUAUUCGAACGAACACCACGUAUCGUUCAAAUAUUUGCUGGUCCUAAUUAUUGGAAUUUUCGAAGAGUCAUAGAAAGUCGGAAACAAGGUCUAAAAGAACUCCUAGAUCAUCCAUGGUUAACAACAGGUGAUACCAUAAUAAAUAAUAAUGAUUAUUUAUGA